AUUCGCGAUCUGUGCGUCGUGUGACAUUGUUGUGUACAAUCUGUGGUGACGUACAAAGAUAUUCGGGUGAUUUUUUUGCGGUCCUCGUGUAUUUUUCGCUCGUUUGAGAGGAGAAAAAACCAAAAAAAGAAAAAAAAGCAAAAACAGAAAUAUGUCUGAGAUUGACGCGAAAGUGAACAUGUCGCUUGAUGAAAUCAUAAAGAUGGAGAAAAAGGAGAAAAAGAAAAAGGCUGGGACUGCUAAUGGAAAAACUGGUGCUAAACGCACCCGAGGAAAUACGCGAGGGCGAAGUGGACUCAGAGGUAGAGGUGCCAGAGUAAAACGUAAUGUUCGAACUGCUAAAAAAGAACAAACAUGGCAAGCUGGGCAAAAUAGCAAUAAUAACAACAAUAAUAAUGUGCGUGGUGGUUUUGUGAGAAAGCGAUACAAGAAAAAUAGUGGUCUGACUAGAUCACGAAGUAAUUUAACGUUGAAUCAAAAAUCUAAUACACGAGGAGUUUUUAAUGUUCGCCGUGGUCGCGGUAACAGAUUUGGUCUGACUCGAAGUAGAAGUCGCACAAACUUGUCUUUUACGCAAAGAGGCUUUAUUUAUAUAGCCUCUCCAUUAAAAAGAACAAAUAGUCUACCAAAUUUACGCGAUCCAACUUCAGUUCAUAAUCGAUUGGGAUAUCAGAGCCCUGCUCAAAUUGCUUACCGGAAUCGUGUUAAAAGAGCAAAACAAUUGCUGCUACAAAGACAGAACCAGAGAUUAUCCUUGCAAAACCAAUUCAGAAUUCCACAAACUGGAAAAUCAUUAAUAUCCCUUCAGCAAAGACCCACGAACAGAAGACAGCAGAUUUUAACUUCUCAGCGUCGCUUUACUACUGGUGGAUUACGAUCAGAUCAAAUUGCCCGUGCACAAAGACGUGCGCAAUAUGAACAAAAAUUAAUGAGAAUGAAUUCUUCACGAUUAAGUACAAACUCGAAUGUAAACUUCAUGCAUACAUUGGGAAAUGAGUACAGUCCUAGCACGCAUCAAUGCCCUCUUACUCUCACACCAAGCCAAAAUGAAAGUACUGUGGAUAGUUUGCGCCGAUUACCAAGAGGAAGAUCUCCACUUACACAAACUAUAACAAAUCUGAGUGUGAUUCGCCAAUCACCUAUGUUUGGCCGACAGCGUUCAAGAUCAAGGUCGCGUUCCCGUUCUCGUACACGUAACACUCCAUCAUCAGAUGCAGGAGCAGAUGUUGAUCGUACUUUCAGAGAAAUCAUGUGUAGCUUGUCGAGAAAUUUCCCGACAAGAACGCUUAAUGAUAGAUUUAGUACAAGCAUUCACAUUUCAAAUAUAUUGAACACAAUAUAUCAAUGAAAUAUAAGUUUAUAAUGUAUAGCAUGAACUCCUUUGUUUGUUAUACGUAUCUAGUAAUUAUAAGCGCUGAUAAGGAGAUCGUAAUCAAAUUACGAUGUCUCAAAAUUAGUGUUCAUCGCCUACUUGGUUUAACAAAUUUUUGCUUGAAUUUACAAAUUCAAAGUACAAUGCUUCUGCAAGCAAAAUAUUUUGCAAUAUUUUCUGUGAUGAACAAAUAUUGCUUUAUAUUUUUCGACAAAACCAAUUGUUAAGUCAUACUCCUGUCGUUUUUCAACAAACUCGACAUUUACAAGUUCACGAAUAUAUCGCAUAUACUUUUUUAAAAGAACGUGGAGUUCCAACUCCGCCCUUUGGAAUAGCUAAAACGCCAGAUGAGGCUGCCAAGAUAGCAGCAGAUCUCAAGACGAAAGAUAUCGUUUUAAAGGCACAAGUUCUUGCUGGAGGACGUGGAAUGGGACAUUUUGAAGAUACCAACGUCAGCGGUGUUGAAAUGUGUGAAACUCCCGAACAAGCAAAAACUUUGGCUAGUAGUAUGAUAGGCAAAUUGCUAGUAACUAAACAAACUGGAGCAGCUGGAAAAAUCUGCAAUUCAGUAAUGGUGACAACACGUAUGUUUCCACGCAAAGAAUAUUAUAUAGCAGUAAUGAUGGAAACUUCUUUUGAUGGUCCUGUUAUAAUAGUAUCCAAACAAGGCGGUGUAAAUAUAGAAGACAUUGCCGCCACGAAUCCUGAAGCUAUAUCAUAUACACCAAUAAAUAUCAUGAAAGGUUUAACACUUGAACAACUGAAUAAAAUUGUGGAUGAUUUGGGUAUACAAGAAGAAGGAAGAAAAAUUACUUCAUUAAUUAUUUGCAAUCUAUAUGAGUUAUUUAUCGAAAAAGACGCAUUGUUACUUGAAAUUAAUCCAUUUGCAUUAGAUAUUUGCGGAGAAUAAUUCAGGCAGAAGAAACUAUUUGCAUUGCAAGAUUUCACACAAGUCGAUCCUAAUGAAGUACAAGCAUCGAAAUUUAAUCUAAACUACAUAGCUUUAGAUGGAAACAUAGGAUGUUUGGUAAAUGGAGCUGGAUUAGCAAUGGCCACUAUGGAUCUCAUAAAACGCAAUGGCGGCAUGCCAGCCAAUUUUUUAGACGUAAGCGGUAAUGCUGAUGCAGAAAGUGUAAAGGAAGCUUUUAAAAUAAUUGUCUCUGAUCCGAAGGUAGAAGCAAUUUUUAUAAAUAUAUUUGGUGGUAUUAUGAGGUGUGAUAUAAUUGCACAGGGUAUUAUCAAUAUAUCAAAAGAAGUAAAAUUAAAUGUUCCCGUAGUUAUAAGGCUGCAGGGGACUAAUGUGGAAAAAGCAAAUCGAUUAAUAAGGGAAGCACAAUUAAAAGUUAUCUCUGUAGAUGAUUUUGCUAAGGCUGCUGAAUCUGCUGUAAAACUGGCAUUGAUGGUGCAAAUUGCAAAUUCUAUGAAUUUAGACCUUAUUUUUAUGUCCAAACAAUCAUCUACGAAAAAGGAAGAAAAAAUAGGAAGAAACAAAAUGAAUAUAAAUCGGAGAAAAUUCAAAUAGGUAUAAAGUGCGGCAAUCGCGGAGUUUGCGUCAUGUUUUUGCAGGAAACGUCAAGAAGGUGGGGACGGGGACUUGAAGGCGCAGUGUACACUUUGCAGUCCACUGCUUUAAUAUUGGGAUGCAAAACUAAUUUAGUAAAGCAACCAGUUAGGAAUUUGAAUGUUCAUGAACACAUCAGUUAUAGUUUAUUAAAUGAAGCUGGAGUUCCAACUCCUAAGUUUGGAGUUGCUAAAACUCCAGACGAGGCUGCUAAACUUGCUGCAGACUUGAAAACCAAAGAUAUUGUUCUGAAAGCCCAAGUCCUAGCUGGUGGCAGAGGAAAAGGACAUUUUAAGGGAACUAACGUUAGUGGUGUAAAGAUGUGUGAAACACCAGAAGAAGCAAAAAAAUUAGCCAGCCAAAUGUUAGGUAAAUUGUUAAUUACAAAACAGACAGGUGAAGCAGGUAGAAUAUGCAAUGCAGUAAUGGUUACACAACGCAUGUUUCCUCGUAAAGAAUAUUACCUUGCAGUCAUGAUGGAAAGAGCCUUUGGUGGUCCAGUCAUAAUUGCUUCGAGUCAGGGUGGUGUAAAUAUUGAGGAAGUUGCUGCAACGAAUCCUACUGCUAUCAUGUAUGAACCCAUUGAUAUUUAUAAGGGUAUAACAAAAGAUCAAGCAGAACGUAUUGCUGUUAAGCUUGGACUUCAAAAUGUUAAAGAUUAUAUUUCUAACAUCAUCAUAAAUUUGUAUCAAAUGUUCCUUAAAAAAGAUGCCCUUUUAUUAGAAACUUUGCUUUGGAUUGCAAGUGCAGAUUCGAUGAUAAUGCUGAAUUUAGACAAAAGGAAUUAUUUUCCUUGAGAGAUUGGACUCAAGAAGAUCCUAAGGAAGUUGAAGCUGCUAAAUAUGAUUUAAAUUACAUUGCACUUGAUGGUAACAUUGGUUGCAUGGUAAAUGGUGCUGGUUUAGCCAUGGCUACUAUGGAUAUCAUAAAAUUGCAUGGAGGAGAACCAGCCAAUUUCUUAGAUGUAGGCGGUGGUGCAUCUACAAGUGCCGUGAAAGAAGCAUUUAAAAUAAUUACAUCUGAUUCACGAGUUCAUGCUCUUUUAGUCAACAUAUUUGGUGGAAUUAUGAGAUGCGAUGUUAUUGCAGAGGGAAUCAUUGCUGCAACUAAAGAACUUAGCUUAAAAAUUCCUGUUGUUGUUCGAUUACAGGGUACAAAUGUAGACGAAGCAAAAGCUCUUAUCGCAAAUGCAGGUUUAAAAAUUGUACCGAUCGAUGAUCUUGAUGAAGCUGCCCGAGUCGCAGUUAAAUUAUCAACGAUUGUUAAAUUGGCACAAUCUGAAAAUCUUAGCGUUAAUUUCGAAAUACCUUCAAUUUCAUAAAUUUAGUGAAAAUUAUCAGAAAGACUUCGAGGAUAAAUAUUUGAAACAACAUUUGAAAGUAAUAAUUAGCUUAAUAAUUUCAAAUUUCGUAUCCGUACUAUCUUUCGAAUCAUAUUUGAGUACUUUAUAUAUUUCUAUUAUAAGUGGAAUGGAAAGUAAGUUUGUUGAAAUUUUUGUUUUGUUCGAUGUUCAAAACAUCUAUAUUCUAUAUAUCUAUAAUUUUAUUCUCUAUAAAAAGAAGGAAAAAACUGAACACAUAUUUAAUUACAAUCUUGUACAGUUGAAAUGUAAAAAGUAUUAGACAAUUGAUGUUACUUCCUUCUUAAUGCAAGCACAAAUUCAUUCCCAAGAAGUAUAUAAACUUCAAGAAUGUAAUUUAUUGCUUACCCAAUUAACGGGUUCCUGUGAUUCAGUAUUAAAAUUAAGUUACAUAAUAUGCACUUACUGAUAUAGUCACAUCUUUUACACAAAAGUGUAUUCUACAUUCUUUCAAAGCUUAUAUAUGUGCUAACAAAAAAGUACAUGAUUACUGUCCAAGAAACGAAACCUUUUAUAUAACCAUCCACAAAAAAAAAUUGUUAUAACUGAGAUAUUAUACGAGAUAUGACUGCCAUAUCUCAUUUGAAAAGAAGGGCCUGUUCAAUGUAAUAUAGACAUAUGUAGUUAUAUGUAUACAUAUAUAAAUUAUUUUACGUAAUUUUCAUUUGUUCUUAUUUUAUUAAUGGUAAAAUAAUGUUCACAUUUUCUUGAUUCCCUGAAACAUAAUUUCAUUAUAAAAUAAUCACAUUACAAUUUAUCAGUAUUAUAACAUGACGUGGCCACGCAGUGAUAAAGUAGUUAUGAUAUAUUGUUUGCAUUUACAUUAUACAUAUUAUGCUGUUACAAAAUAUACUGCAUUGUUAUAUAAUAAAUCAUAAUAUAAUUUAAUUUAUUAAAAGAAAUUUAUAUAUAAAAGAAGUUUCUCAUUCAGUAAAUGUAAUAUUAUUUUAAAUAUACGAUAAAAAUAUAUCGAAUAAAAUUUUUCAUGUUCCUCUGAAUACGAAGUUAUUUGAAAAAAAUUUUUGCUUAAAUGUAAUUGUUA